AUGCGUUUCUUCCAAGUCCUCUUGCUUGUCGUUCUCAUCUCUGCCUUCACUAUGGCACUUCCGUUCUUCAAUUCACCAACUAGCCAAACCUAUGGAGGUCAAUGGCGUCAAAUGUACACCGACGAGAGUCUCGACGUUCCACAGAACCCGCGAUACAUCAUGUCGAAUCGGAUGCGUGGAUAA